GUGUGAGUCGCACACUGUGCGAUUGUCAACGUGAAAAUAUACAUAACCACAAUUUGAAUAAAUUUUCUGCUCAUUAAUUAAACUUUUUAAAUUUUUAUCACAUUAUAGUGUGUAGGUAUACCUACAAAUUAUUUUGAUUAAAUACAUAUUUCCAAGAUAGUAUUGUGCUUAAUAUAUUUAUAAAAAAUAAGUCGAAGAAGCGCCUGGUCGCUGUGGGCUACACAAACAUCUUAUCUAUAUAGAACACGACCUGGACAUGGUCAGAGUCCAUUUUAUGUAAAACGUGCUGUUGGGUAGUGAUGUAGUCGUUCUUGAAUAAAACAACAGGUUUGCUCCUGCAAAGAGUCACGGACAAUUUACCGACCGUUUGUGAUUUGCAUUAAAUGCGCAUGUGAUAACAUGCACGAAAUGGACAGUUUUGGAUUGUAUCCUGCAUCGCUGGGGAAAAUACUUUUUAUCGAACAACCCCAAUUUUUAAGGUUUUUGUACGUUAACCAGGCUAUUUCCUCUAAAAACUUUGUCACGAGCUUCUGGAAAUCACUCCAGCGAUAUCUGGAAAUGGAAGAACUGGGGGAAUGUGAACUUGGAACACACAAAUAUUGGGAAAUCAGAUAUAAUAAUGAAUUAAAAGAAUUUAAAAAUAAUGGUGAUCCAGGUGAAAUUUGGUUUGGUGAAGACAUAGUAGACAGAAUAUUAAGAUGGUUUGGAAAAAACUUGGAUAAAAUUGGUAAAAAUAGUAAAAUCCUAGAUGUUGGAUGUGGCAAUGGAAUGUUAUUAAUUGAUAUGUCCAAUGAAGGAUUUACAAAUUUAUAUGGAGUAGAUUACUCUCUUCAAGCUAUUGAACUGGCCAAAUCUAUUGCAGAUAAACAUACUAAAAAUAUUAACUAUUCAGUAUGUGAUAUUCUUAGUGGUUUAAAUGACAUUUUCUUUAUCAUACAUGAUAAAGGGACAUAUGAUGCUAUAAGUCUGAGUAAAAACUCUUUUAACAAUAGAAAUAAAUAUAUUGAAAACGUUUUUGAGUGUUUAGAAGAUAAUGGAUAUUUGUUUAUAACAUCAUGUAAUUGGACUCAAAGUGAACUGGAACAACAUUUUAUCAACAAGUUUAUAUUAUUUGAAGUAAUUCCAACUCCACAAUUCAAAUUUGGGGGGAAAAUAGGAAAUGUUGUAACAAGUGUUGUAUUUAAAAAAAAGUAA